CAGACCUAUAUUGAUUGUAGUUUUCAAUCGUUUGACAGCUGCGGAUACAAUUUAUAAUCAAUUCUUUAUUUAUAGGUUACUUUUUCAAUUUUAUAGAAAACUUUGAAAUGUGGCAGUUUGUUUUUUAUUAUAUUAGAAAUGAAUGAAUAUCCUUGAUACCGUUGAUUUACGUUUGCAAACUGCGAAACAAUGAGAUAAAAAUUUUAUACAUUAUUAAUCUUAUGUGCUGCUUAAAUAUCAUUUGACAUGGGCGAAAAAUCAGAGUCUCUUGAUGAAAUGAAUUUUACAGAACGAUGUGAUGGCAUUAAUUUUAUUGCAAAGCGAGAUGUUCAAUUAAUCGAAGGUUCGGCAACCCAAAAUCUCGAUGUCUUGCAAAUUAAAAAUAAUUAUUGUGGAAGUAAUAUAUUCAGAAGUGAAAGCGACUCAGCAUUAUCUAGAAGAAGUGGUGGAAGAUUAAAAUUAGAUCAUCCAAUGGCAGAUGUUAAUUUAUUGACUGGAUUUAACGUUGACAAAUCUAUUCUUAACAUUCCUAAUGAAAAGCUUCGAACAUAUCAUUUAUCUACCAGUGAAAGUCAUCUUUUACGUGAUGAUGGAUCUCUUCGUGAUUCAUUUUUCAAUAAUACAAGUAUUUCUUUAUCCAGAAUACCAGUAUCAUCUUUAGAUUUAUUCCUAGUCAGAAAUAAAGUUAAUAAAUCUGAAAAUGAUGUAUGUGCAUAUAGAGAUAUAGCAGGAACAUGCACAGAUGAAGAAGAGACAUUAUUUAAUCAACCGAGCAAGUUGAAACAUAUUUUAUCUUCUACAAAUGAAGAGGUCAUCAAUUUGUGUGAAGAUAAUAUAGUAAAAGACAAACAGGAAGAAAAUGAUUUUAAAGAACAGACUGCAGAUAUUAGUACACUUAAAACAGAACAAUCUUGCAAUGAAAUCAUAGAUUUACAAUCACAGAUAAAUAACGAAAUAAAUGAGAAAAAUCGAGAUGAUGAAAAAGAUUUAUGCAAGAAAAAUGGUUCAAAUUCAACUUUGGCGUUAAAUGCCCAUGUGCAAAAUAGUUUGACAUCUCGACCAACAUUAGCUGACGACAGUAAACUUGUUAAAAUGUCGCUCCUAACAAAUCCGAAAAUUUUAAUACAAUCAAAUGUUCAACUUUUGAAUAAAAGUCGUAAUUUUUUCAAUUUUAUCACAGAGAAAUCGACAAACAUUAUGGAAAAAGCUCUACUGCCGCAGCAUUUGGCAAUGAAAUACAACCACAUAUCAAAAUCCAUUGAAACAAAUGCUAUGAUGGGAUUUUAUAUUAAUAACAAAUCUUCUUUGAAAGAUAUAAUCGGAGAGACUAGAUUGAAUACAGAUUUAACAAUGAAUUCGAGUAAUACGACAAAUUGUACUGUAGAACCAAAUUGUGACAAGAACAAAGAUAAGUUAAAUAGUAUGAAAAAUAGUGAAAUUGAAAUAAAUCAAUCUACAUAUUUAAAGGAGAAUAAAAUAUACGAUAAUUUGAAAAAUGCAGAAUCACAAUUACAUGAAAAUUUUGAGAAAGCAUCAAACGAAAAAUUUAUUUUCCAAAAAGAUGAUGUAGAUAGAUUAGAUUGCGAUAUUAUUAGUGAAAAAGCACAAGAUGUGUUAUUAUCAGAAAUAAGUAAACAUGAAAGUCAUUUUCUGUACAAAGAAAAUGAUAAGCACGAAGAAAAUUCAUCUGAGCUUAAUAAUUUGGUAGAAUCAAAUAUUUCAUCAUUAGCCUUCUUGGAACAUCCAUUAUAUCUUAAAUUAUUGGAGGACUAUACUAGUUUGAAAGACGAGAAUGCAAAAUUGUUAGAAAGAAUGCAGCAUUUAGAAAAGUCAAAUCAAUUAAACCAAUUAUUUUGUGAAACUCCAACAAACACAGAUACUUUUACUUUAGAAAUGGAGAACAUGAAAAAAACCAUAAGUAAAUUAACAGUUGAUUUGAAUACAUCGCUAAAUAUGCAAGAAGCUCAAAAAGAAUGUCUUGCAUUUAAUAAGGAAAAAGAAGACAUGAUUAUGAAAUAUGUAACUAGCGAGAAACAGUUAAUUGAUUCACAAAGAGCGAUAGAUUGCGCGGAACGUAAAGUUAAAGAACUUUUAAAAGAUCAAGAAUUAUUGCAAAACAAGUUGCGUCAAACUCAGGGUGAACGAAUAAGAAUAUGUAACAUCAUGGAUGGAAAAUGUCGUGAGAUUGUUGAUCUUCAGAAGGUAGAUAAAUUAAAGGAAGAGACUAAAUCUAAGGAAAUCAAACUGAAGUGGACACAAAACAAAGUUAAAACUGAAAUGGACUUACAGAAGGAAACUCAACAGAAAUUAGAUAAAGCCUUGACGAAAAUAAAUGAUAUGAGAGAAGAAUGCGAACAGAUACGUCGCGAAACGCAGGAAUCAUUUCGGAAAUUUCAACAAUCUGAAGAGAAUAAAGCUGUGACAUUGGAUCAGCAGUUAAAAGAACAUCAGGCACGUUUGAUUUUAGAAAGACAUGUUACAGAAGAUAAAGAAACGUUGAGGCUCCAAUUGCAAAAGGAACUGGAAACAUUGAAAUCUAAACAACAAAAUUUAAUAGAAGAAAAUAAUAGACUCAGCCUAAAAGUACAAGAGUCUGAGAAAGCUCGAUUGAACAAUGAAAAUAAUUUAAGUGAUUUGAAAAUUGUUGCAAAUCAACGUCAGGAACAAAUUACUGAAUUAUUAAACAAAGUUUCUCAGUUAGAGGCAUUAAAACUUCAGUUGCAACACAAAGAAGAGUGUAUAGUAUCGGCUGAAGCUCAAAUACUACAAUUACGAUCGGCCAACGAGGAGUUGCGAUUUGAUAUGCAAGCGUGUCGUCAAAAGGAAGCGAAUAUGUUAGAUUUUACGCAAAAACUGACAGACAAAAAUGUACGUCUUCAAUCCGAGUUCAUUACGAUUCAAACAAAGGCGAGUGAUCUCGAAUCCGAACACGGUCCACUACACGAUUGUAUCAACGAAUUGACUAAUAAAAUCAAAGUGCUGGAGGAAGAUUUGACACAAGAACGAAAGAAACGAAAAGAAGAAUGCGAAAUUUUGGCUAAGCAUGUUGCUGAACAAACUCAAUGUGCACAAAACUUUGUCCAGAAAUUGGAGGAUAGUCAAGGUGAAAAUGCAGUAUUAAAAAGGAAACAUCAAAUUUCCAUAAAGGAGAUGACACGAGAAUUACAACAAUGUCGUAGAAAAUUAGAGAUGUUAGAAGCUGCAUCUCCCAGUAAUUCAUUGGACAUUACAUCCAGAACUGGAUCUAACGCUUCUUUAGCAGGCGAUACAUUAAAUGGUGCCUUAUCGGAUAACAAUGCUAAUGAUCACAAUGCUGAUGAUCACAUUCACUCUAUGGAACCUAAUAAGCAAGCACUAAUAAAUCGCAUUAUGAAGCUGCAAAAAAUAAAUGUAAAAAGAGCUGAAAAAUUAGAUUUUUUGGAAGAACACACACAAACAUUGCUCGAAGAAUUACAGAAAAAAACAAAAAUAACAAACUAUAUCUUACAUGAAGAUUUUGGAGCUCUGGCAUGCAAUGAAAGAGAUAAAUAUAAGCAUAUCAAAAGAAGAAGAGAUACAGUAAGGGCGGAAUUGGCACGACAUGGAGGUAUAAUGGCAUCCGUUUAUAAUCAUCAAGUUUCAGAUGAGAAUAUGACUUUAGAACUUUCUUUAGAAAUAAAUCAGAAAUUACAAGCGGUUCUAGAAGAUGUACUAUUAAAAAACAUUACUCUGAAAGACAAUAUUGAUACAUUAGGUAACGAGAUAGCAAAAUUAACAAUGAAGCAUCAACAAAAAUAAAUUGACAAUUAA